CAAAAAACAAUGCCAAUUAACAUCUUUCAAUUCUAAUUUCAAGAGAAAGAAAAAGAAAGAUGGCCUCAUUGGACUCCCCCAACUCUCCUCCAAACACCUCUUUUGCAAUAAGGGAUCAGAACCCUUCAACCCCCUCCUUUGCACUCCGACCAGAAUCCACCCAACACUUCCUCCGAAGCAUCUCCACUAAAGAAUCAUCCUUCACCGGAUUCCACUACUCCCCGCCGCGUUACAGCACUCCCAGCCUACACACUUCCCCUCUCACCUCUCCUAUUCACCGUCUCUCCCACUCCAACCGCAAAAAGGACCCCCAGACCUCACCAACCCCCAGCCUCAAUCCCAACCCCAACCACACUAUCAACCUUGAUGCCUCCUACCGCUGCUUAUCUUCCGUCCUAAAAAAGGACGGUCAGAUAUUGUCCACUGCUAUAUCCAACGGUCUUAUUUACACUGGCUCCGACACAAAUUUGAUUCGGAUAUGGAAGCUACCGGAGUUCACGGAGUGUGGUCAACUCAAGACCAAGGCAUCCAGGGUAGUGGCGCUGGAGGUGUCCCAUGAAAGGGUUUUUGCGGCGUAUGGGGAUGCCAAGAUCAGGGUGUGGCAGCGCACAUGGGACGGAGCGUUGAAGCAUGUUAAGUUGGCGACCAUCCCGAGGGCCGGCGGGUAUGUCCGAAGCUACAUUGCCGGAAAAGAUAAGAUGGUAAUGUUUUAAAUAUGGCAUUGCUUUUUUAUUACUCCUACACGUACCGACUACUUAUGGUUUUGGUUUGCGCAUUUAUUAUGGAAAUUAGUACGAAUCUCUUGUCCAUAUCAAGUUAAGCAUCCAAGGCUACAGAGUCAAUAU